GAAAAUUAAACCAAGUAAUCUGGUAGCCCUCGACUACGAAUGUUAAAUUAAAACAUAAAACCUAAAAAUUAGAAAGACGUGCAUUUUUUAGCGGCCACGGAAAAUUAAUUUAAUUUAUUUUAAAACCCGAUUCCUUACAUUGAAUGGGUGGUGCGCGAGCUCGUGGACGCGGUCGUGGCCGUGGACGUGGUAGAGGAAAGAAAAAAGAGACACUUGACGGCGCAGGAACUGCUGUAGCUGCCAACAGUGCACAAGAAGAUACAGAAAGUUCAAAUCAGCUACCCGAUGCUGCUGAGGACGUGACAACGCAAGAAGCGGGUAAAGAAAUUGAAAUCGACUCAUCAACGCAGCCAGUACAAGCGGAUGUUGAUGAUGUGACAUCUACGGCACCAACGACGAUUGCAGCUAUAACGCCAAGUAGUCAAAUCGCCGCUGUUGAAGAGCCUAUACAGCAAGCAAGUGUUUUGCCGCAAACAAUCGAUAUGGAAGCAGAUAUCUCACAACUGGAAGCGCCAACAUUUACCACAAUCUCCCGCGGACCACCUGAGCCUAUGUUGCGACUCAAGUGGGAUCAUAAAGUUAAUUUGAUUGGUGAAAAAGUUUUAAAUCCCAUGAUACAUUGCUGCGAUCAAUGUGACAAACCGAUUUUACUCUACGGUCGUAUGAUACCAUGUAAACAUGUAUUUUGUUUAAAAUGUGCGCGUUCGGAGCCAAUUAAAAUUUGUCCACGUUGUAAUGAUAAGGUGUUGCGCGUGGAACAAUCUGGUUUGGGUACAGUAUUUAUGUGUACCCACGGUGGUAGCCGUUAUGGCAAUACUGGUUGUAGGCGUACAUAUUUGUCACAGCGUGAUUUACAAGCGCACAUUAAUCAUAGACAUAUUACGCAGCCAACGGUGCUGUCACAACAACAACCAUCAAUAUCAGCCAAUACCAUAAGUAGCGGCGGUAGUAGUGAACUGAAGUCGACAUCUUCAUCGUCCGCUGAUGUUAAUAUGGAGACUGUUUUUAAGAGUGUGAGCGGCAAUGUACAACGAAAACUCUCGGAAUCAUCUACCAGCACAACCACUAUACAAGCGCCAUCUGCUCUACUAACGCAACGACGCGCUACUACCAUUGGCAAUAUACCGCCACCAGGAUCGGUUAGCUCAACAUCUACACAAAGCUCAACGCAUUCUCAUUCCUCAUUAACACAAGCCAAUAUCGCACGCAUUAAUACCGCAAAUGAACAAAAUUGCCAUCAAGGUAAAGUGGCACUCCAUCAAACACUAAAGAAGACACCUAUAACACAAUCACAUCACCAACCACCGGAAAGUGUGGCCGAUGCGUCAUAUUAUAGCAGUGUACUUAAUUCCUUUGGCAGCAAUGAGGUUGUGGAACAAAGUGCUAGCGGUGUUGGGAAUAUACAGCCAUCAACACAAUCAGGCGGCGCAGGUACGCAAAAUGCAUGGCAAUCGAAUCAGUACUACAGAUGAAUGAGAUAUUCGUAAGGUUUGCAGUAGUCAUGUAGCGUUUUGUAGCUGCAGUUUUUGGCGGUAAUGGAAAUUGUAAUUUUCGCAAACAACAUACGUGGUGGUACAUGGUUUUAGUUAUAAGCUCUAUAUAUAUAUAGUUAAUUAUGCCAGAUUUAUGUAGAAACGUUAUUUUGUAAUUUUAUAAAUAAUGUCUGCAAAGUGGCUAAGAUUCAUUUUCCCUUUUCAUUUCGGUCCUUUUAAUCUAUACAACUUAAGCAUAUGUAACCAUUUGAAAAGCUGUUACAAAGACUCAAUAAAUUCAACAGUGACUUUUUAAGUGCUCGUUAAUCG